AGCGAGAAGAGAGAGAUCGGAGGAGAGGCGCAUCUGGAGACAAUAGAAGCGAAUACGGAGCUGCGAUUUUCUUGCUGUAAUACAGGACUGUACCUUGAAAACACAGGAAUGUAGAGACGAUGGAGCCCUGAAUCUGGAUAUAUAUUCCCGUCAUUUUUACGCUGUGUGAUUUAAGAGGAAAGAUGAAUUCUGCUGAAGCGGCUGAGGAAGGACCCAGUGACUCAGAUACGGAUGCCUUCUUCAAAACAGGGUCUUUCAGAAGCGAAAGCAUUAAAGCGUCUGAUGUUCUUCCUGUGCUGAGGGAGAAAAUAGCAUUUGUAUCAGGAGGUCGUGAUAAAAGAGGCGGUCCCAUCUUGACCUUCCCCGCUCGGAGUAACCAUGACCGAAUAAAACAGGAGGACCUGAGACGGCUCGUCACAUACCUGUCCACUGUGCCCAGCGAGGACGUGUGUAAGAGGGGAUUCACCGUGAUUAUUGAUAUGCGUGGUUCGAAGUGGGAGCUGAUUAAGCCAUUACUGAAAACCCUACAAGAGGCUUUCCCCGCUGAGAUCUGCGUCGCUCUCAUCAUCAAACCAGACAACUUCUGGCAGAAACAGAAGACAAACUUUGGCAGUGCCAAGUUCACCUUUGAGACUACCUUGGUGGCUGUGGAGGGCUUGACCAAACUCGUGGACCCGUCUCAGCUAACAGACGACUUUGAGGGCUCUCUAGAGUAUAACCACGAUGAAUGGAUGGAGCUCCGAGUGGCUUUCGAAGAGUUUCUGUCCAGCGCCGUUCAUCUCCUCUCGCGUCUAGAAGACUUGCAGGAGACGUUGGCUAAAAAGGAGUUCCCGGUGGACGUGGAGGGCUCUCGGAGGCUCAUCGAUGAGCACACUCAGCUAAAGAAGAAGGUGAUGAAGGCUCCUGUGGAGGAGCUGGACCAUGAAGGUCAGAGACUUUUGCAGUGUAUCCGUUCCAGUGAUGGCUUCUCAGGGAGGAACUGUAUCUCUGGAAGUGCAGACUUUCAGAGCGUGGUUCCAAAGAUCGCCAGUCUGCUGGAUAAACUACACAGCACCAGACAGCACCUCCAUCAGAUUUGGCACCUGAGGAAACUCAAGCUGGACCAGUGUUUCCAACUCCGACUGUUUGAACAGGACGCAGAGAAGAUGUUUGACUGGAUCAGUCACAAUAAAGAGUUAUUUCUCCAGAGUCACACAGAGAUCGGUGUGAGCUACCAGCACGCUGUGGAGCUACAGACCCAGCACAACCACUUCGCCAUGAACUCCAUGAAUGCAUAUGUGAACAUAAACCGCAUCAUGUCGGUGGCGUCGCGGCUGUCAGAGGCGGGUCAUUACGCUUCUCAGCAGAUCAAACAGAUCAGCACCCAGCUGGAUCAGGAAUGGAAGAGCUUCGCUGCCGCUCUCGAUGAACGCAGCACUAUACUCGCCAUGUCUGCAGUAUUUCAUCAGAAAUCUGAACAGUUUCUUUCUGGGAUAGAAACCUGGGGAAAGAUGUGCAGUGAAGGUGGCUUGCCAUCAGAGAUGCAGGAUCUUGAACUGGCCAUUCACCAUCAUCAGACGCUCUAUGAGCAGUUCACACAAGCGUAUACUGAGGUGAGUCAGGAUGGGAAAGCUCUGCUGGAUGUUCUUCAGAGGCCGUUGAGUCCCGGUAACUCUGAGUCUCUGACUGCCACAGCCAACUACUCUAAAGCCGUGCACUGCAUUCUGGACGUGGUCCACGAGGUCCUGCACCACCACAGACGCCUGGAGAGCAUCUGGCAGCACCGCAAAGUGCGUCUGCAUCAGAGACUGCAGCUCUGCGUCUUUCAGCAGGACGUCCAACAGGUGAUUGACUGGAUAGAGAAUCACGGCGAGGCUUUUCUCAGUAAACACACAGGUGUCGGUAAAUCCCUGCACAGAGCCAGAGCUCUCCAGAAACGCCACGACGACUUUGAGGAAGUGGCCCAGAACACCUACACCAAUGCAGAUAAACUCCUGGAAGCAGCCGAGCAGCUCGCGCAGACGGGUGAGUGCGACCCAGAGGAGAUCUAUAAGGCGGCGCGACACCUGGAGGUCAGAAUCCAGGAUUUCGUUAGAAGAGUCGAACAAAGAAAACUACUGCUGGACAUGUCGGUCUCAUUCUACACGCACACUAAAGAGUUGUGGACGUGGAUGGAGGACCUGCAAAAGGAGCUGUUGGAGGAUGUUUGUUCAGACUCAGUUGAUUCGGUUCAAGAUCUAAUCAAACAGUUCCAGCAGCAGCAAACAGCAACACUGGAGGCCACGCUCAAUGUCAUCAAGGAGGGAGAAGAUCUCAUGCAACAACUCAGUUGUGUCUUGUACAGAGAUUCAGCGAUGAACAGUAAUAAGUUACCUCACACGAGCUCUAUCGCUCACAUCGAGGGCGUUCUGCAGCAGCUGGAUGAGGCUCAGGGACACAUGGAGGAACUCUUUCACGAGAGGAAAAUCAAGCUUGACAUCUUUCUGCAGCUGCGCAUCUUUGAACAGUAUACCAUUGAGGUGACCGCAGAAUUAGAUGCGUGGAAUGAAGACCUGGUCUGUCAGGUGAGCGAAUUUACGGCCGAAGAGCCCAGUCUGGCCGAACAGAGACUCCAGCGGCACAACGAGAGAAAACUGGCCAUGAACAACAUGACCUAUGAGGUCAUGCAGCAAGGUCAAGACUUGCAUCAGUACAUCAUGGAAGUCCAAGCUUCAGGUAUUGAGUUGACUGGUGAGAAAGAUGUGGAUCUGGCCACUCAAGUUCAGGAGCUGUUGGAGUUUCUUCAUGAGAAACAGCACGAGCUGGAAGUGAGCGCCGAGCACACACAGAAACGUCUGGAGCAGUGUGUGCAGCUACGCCACCUACAGGCCGAGGUUAAACAGGUUCUGAGUUGGAUCCGAAACGGCGAGUCCAUGCUGGAUGCCAGUAUGGUGAACGCAAGUUCACUGUCCGAGGCCGAACAACUACAGAGAGAACACGAACAGUUCCAGCUGGCCAUAGAGUCUUUGUUCCACGCAAACUCUCUGCACAAGACGCAUCAGAGCGCUCUACAGGUGCAGCAGAAGGCAGAGAUGAUGUUGCAGGCCGGACACUAUGACCCUGAAGCCAUCCGCAGCUGUGCAGAGAAGGUGGCCGUACACUGGCAGCAGCUCAUGCUGAAGAUGGAAGACAGACUCAAGCUGGUUAACGCCUCUGUGGCCUUCUACAAGACAUCAGAACAGGUGUGUAGUGUGCUGGAGAGUCUGGAACAGGAGUACCGCAGAGAUGAGGACUGGUGUGGUGGUCAUCAUGAUAAACUGGGAACUUUGGCAGAGAUGGAUCAUGUUCUGCCUCUCAUCAGCAAACACCUGGAGCAGAAAGAAGCUUUUUUAAAGGCCUGUACUCUGGCCAGACGGAAUGCUGAGGUUUUCCUGAAAUACAUCCACCGGAAUAAUGUCAGUUCUAAGGGAUCAUCUGGCACUGCUCGUGGCCCUGAGCAACAGGUCAAAGCCAUCCUAAAUGAACUGCUGCAGAGGGAAAACCGGGUUCUUCAUUUCUGGACCAUGAAGAAGCGGCGUUUAGAUCAGUGCCAGCAGUAUAUCGUGUUUGAGCGCAGCGCCAAACAGGCAUUGGAAUGGAUAGAGGAGACGGGAGAGGUAUUUCUCACAACUCGGGCAUCUCCAGGAGACUCGCUGGAGAAAUCUCAGGAACUCCUGAAGGAAUAUGAAGAAUUCCGCAUCCCUGCCAAGCAAACGAAAGAGAAAGUAAAGAUGUUGAUCCAGCUGGCAGAUAAUUUUGUGGAGAAAGGGCACAUGCAUGUCACCGAGCUGAAGAAGUGGGUGACGGCUGUGGACAAGCGUUACAGAGACUUCUCUCUGCGCAUGGGGAAAUACCGCUGCAGUCUGGAGAACGUGCUUGGCAUCAGCUCUGAGGAUAACAAGGAUCUGGAAUUGGACAUCAUUCCAGCCAGUCUGACUGACCCGAAGGUCAAACUCCGUGACCCGAAUCAUGAGGUGAACGAGGAGAAGAGAAAAUCAGCCCGGAAAAAAGAGUACAUCAUCGCAGAGCUGUUGCAGACAGAAAAGGCCUAUGUGAGGGACAUACAUGAAUGUUUAGAGACAUAUUUGUGGGAAAUGACCAAUGGAGGGGAUGACAUUCCUUCAGGAAUUGCAAACAAAGAGCACAUCAUCUUCGGAAACAUUCAGGAGAUUUACGACUUCCACAACAAUAUAUUCCUGAAAGAGCUUAUCAAUUAUGAGCAGUUACCUGAGGAUGUGGGACAUUGCUUUGUCACAUGGGCUGAUAGAUUUAAUAUAUAUGUGACAUACUGCAAAAACAAACCAGACUCCAGUCAGCUCAUCCUGGAGCAUGCUGGGAGUUUUUUUGACGAGAUUCAGAAGAGACACGGUCUGGCCAACUCUAUAUCAUCAUACCUCAUUAAACCUGUGCAGAGAAUCACCAAAUACCAGCUGCUUCUCAAGGAGCUGCUGUCCUGCUGUGAGGAGGGCAAAGGUGAAAUUAAAGAUGGGCUGGAGGUCAUGCUGAGUGUGCCGAAGAGAGCCAAUGACGCCAUGCAUGUCAGCAUGCUGGAAGGCUUUGAUGCGAAUCUGGAUGUUCAGGGUGAACUCAUCCUGCAGGACACAUUUCAAGUGUGGGACCCAAAAUCUCUGAUCCGUAAGGGACGAGACCGACACCUCUUCCUAUUCGAGAUCUCUCUUGUCUUCAGCAAAGAUAUCAAAGACUCAGCAGGACGAUCCAAAUACAUCUACAAGAACAAACUACUGACAUCUGAUCUAGGGGUGACUGAGCAUGUUGAAGGAGACCCGUGUAAAUUUGCCUUGUGGGUCGGACGCACGCCCUCAUCUGACAACAAGACAGUCCUUAAGGCGUCCAGUAUUGAGGUGAAACAGGAAUGGAUUAAAAACAUCCGUGAAGUCAUUCAGGAGAGAAUUAUUCACCUGAAGGGGGCGCUUAAGGAACCAAUCCAAUUUCCCAAAACCCCAGCCAAGCCACGCAUUAAUAGCAGAAGGGAUGCUGGUGAGGAUGCUGACAGUCAGGGAGACGGCAGCAGUCAGCCGGACACCGUCUCCAUUGCCUCCAGAACCUCGCAGAACACCAUGGACAGUGACAAGCUCUCUGGAGGGUGUGAGUUGACGGUGGUCCUGCAGGACUUUGUGGCAGGCGGUCCCUCUGAGCUCAGCAUCCAGACGGGUCAGACAGUGGAGCUGUUGGAGCGGCCCAGCGACCGGCCGGGAUGGUGUCUGGUGCGGACCACAGACAAGACUCCUUCUCAAGAGGGUCUGGUCCCCAGCAGCGCUCUGUGCAUCUCUCACUCUCGCAGCAGUGUGGAAAUGGACUGCUUUUUCCCAUCAGGCAAAGAAAACUAUGCAGUUAGCGGUCCAGACGGAAAGACAGAGUCAGUGGUCACCCUACAGGCACAGCCAUCCCUGAACUCUCUCCACAGCAGCUCCGCAGGACCCAAACGCUCAGGGAACACACUGAAGAAGUGGCUGACCAGCCCCGUCCGGCGCCUCAGUCACGGCAGCAAUAUUAAAAAGAUCCCCAGCAAACAGAAGCAGAAACGUGAAGGGCGCAAGAGCAUUGACAUGGGGCCGCCCGAACUACAGGAUGAUGCUGUGGAGGAGAGAGUGCGUAAAGAAGAGAGAACACUGUCCAAAUCAGGGAUGCACAGCGGAGGAGAGGAGGAGCCGGAGGAUGAGUCGCACACACCCCUGCCUCCCCCCAUGGAGAUCAUCCAAAACUCUUCAGCUCAGGAGGAGAAGUCGUCUGUGCUUCUGGCUUCACGGCAGAGCUCGGCUGACGUUCCCAGCGCCGCUGAGCUUGUCAGUGCUAUAGAGAAACUGGUCAAAACAAAGAUGACGUUGGAUCCGGGGUCGUACCCAGGAUUCAACCCAGUAAACGAAGCGGAGCAGAGCCCCACACCACCCAGAAACCCUGAGCAGGAGCAGAAAGCCAAAGCACUGCGGGGACGCAUGUUUGUGGUGAAUGAAUUAAUUCAGACGGAAAAAGACUAUGUGAAGGAUUUAGGCAUUGUGGUCGAGGGCUUCAUGAAGAGACUAGAGGAGAAAGGAGUUCCUGAUGAUAUGAAAGGAAAAGACAAGAUUGUCUUUGGAAACAUUCACCAAAUCUACGACUGGCACAAUGAUUUCUUUGUGGGUGAACUGGAGAAAUGUCUUGAAGAUCAUGAGAAGCUGCCUGCGCUCUUCAGUAAACAUGAGAAACGGCUUUACAUGUAUGUGAUUUACUGCCAAAACAAACCUAAAUCUGAAUACAUUGUUGCUGAAUACGAUUCAUACUUUGAGGGGAUUCAACAAGACGUCAACUCGAGACUGACCAUCAGUGAUUAUCUCAUUAAACCCAUUCAGAGAAUUACUAAAUACCAACUAUUAAUGAAGGACUUCUUGAAGUACAGUGUAAAGGCUGGGUUAGAUUGUCAGGAUAUAGAGAAAGCUGUAGAUCUGAUGUCCCAGGUGCCCAAGCUGUGCAACGACAUGAUGAAUCUGGGUCGACUGCAGGGGUUUGAGGGAAAUUUGAUCUAUCAAGGGAAACUCCUGCAGCAGGAGACGUUCUUUGUGACAGAGCAGAACUCUGGCGUUCUGUCCCGCAGUAAAGAACGCAGGGUGUUCUUCUUCGAGCAGAUCGUCAUCUUCAGCGAGCUCUUACGGAAAGGCUCGUCCAUACCAGGAUAUCAGUUUAAAAAGAGCAUCAAGGUGAGCUCCCUCGGUCUGGAAGAGCAUGUUGAAAACGACCCGUGUAAAUUUGUGCUGUUUUGUCGCGGAUCAGCCGAACGCUUCACCCUGCAGGCGGCAAACACAGACGUUAAACAGGUCUGGGUUCAGAACAUUACUGAACGGCUGGACCAACAGAACAAGUUCUUGGAAGCUCUUCUGUCUCCGAUCGAACAUCAGAAGGAGCGGAGCGGCUCUCAGUCUUUGACCCGUAAUACGUCCAGCGGUGGGCGUACGGCUCAGUCCAACAGCAGACCCGGCUCUACCGUCUCACUGGGAGCGGAGAAACCUUCUCUGUCUGGACGGAGCUCCACUCCGCUAAAGCUACCUACCUCCAACGGCAGUUCAUGCCACGACCCGGACAGAUACCACUCCCUCAGGCAUGUCAGGGGCGGCUGUAACGGUACGUCGUCCUCAAUGCUGGUUACUCAGGACUAUAAUGCACUGAAAGAGAACGAGAUCUGUGUCAUGCAGGGUGAGACGGUACAGAUACUGGCCACCAAUCAGCAAAACAUGUACCUGGUGUACCGAUCCGCCAACAGCCAAUCACCGGCCGCCGAGGGCUGGGUACCGGGACACGUCCUGGGCCCGCUUACUCAAGGCCUCAUAGACACUACUGCAGACUUAAACAUCAAGAAGUCUCUCUCGUGGAACACGCUUCGCGCUCGUAAGCGUGCUGAGAAGGACAGUGCACCUUUCAAAAGUGAUGUUAAACUUGAGAAUGGACUGCGUAAACCAAAGGAAAUUCUCAGCAGCAAGGUCACUGUGAAAGAGUCCCGCAGCUCAGAUGAGUCCGACUGUGAGGGUGAACUGGACCCUAAAACUAGCAUGGAGUUGUUGAACCCUAAUUUCAUCCAAGAGGUGGCUCCAGAGUUUCUGACGCCUCUUGCCGACGUCACGUGUGCUUUGGGAGAAACGGUGGUUCUGUGCUGUAAAGUUUGCGCUCGACCCAAACCCACCAUCACACUGAAAGGACCGGAUCAGAGCCUGCUGGUUAACAAUAACAGAUUCACCAUUAAUAUCAGGGAAACAGGUGAUAUAGUGUUGAAGAUCUGCAAUCUCAUGCCGCAGGAUACAGGCAUCUACACCUGUGUCGCUGUCAAUGAGCACGGCACGGCCUCCUCUUCGGCGUCUAUCAAAGUUCAAGGUAUCCCAGCAGCCCCUGCUCGGCCUGUGGCACAGGAAUCCAGCAGCACUUCUGUGAUUGUCCACUGGCUCCCUCCAGCCAGCUCAGGAAACUCCUCCAUCUCCAGCUACACUGUGGAAUACAGGCAGGAAGAUUCCCUGGUGUGGCAGCAGUCGGUGGUCUCCACCACGGACGUGUGUGUGAAGAUCGAGAAUCUGAUUCCUGGCGGUCACUACCAGUUCAGGGUCAGUGCCAGUAACCCAUGGGGCAUCAGUCCAUCCAGCGAGCCCUCAAACAUGGUGACAUUACCCAGCAUAGCCUCGACACAUGACGGCACCGGAAUCCAUUGGAAAGACAACUUUGAAGCGGCAUUCACAGAACUUAGUGAAAUUGGACGGGGUCGUUUCUCUGUGGUGAGAAAGUGUUUGAGUAAGACCAUUAAAAAGGAAGUGGCUGUGAAGUUUGUCAAUAAGAAGAUGCAGAAGAAAGACCAGGUGGCCCAUGAGGCCGACAUCCUGCAUCAUGUUCAACAUCCUCAGCUAGUGGCGCUAAUUGACACCUAUGAAUCACCCACAGCCUACAUGCUGGUUCUUGAGCUUGUUGAGGAUGGCCGUCUGCUGGAUUAUCUGGUGGCUCAUGAUGAGCUGAUGGAGGAGAAGGUGGCGUUCUUCAUUAAAGACACACUGGAAGCUCUACAACACCUGCACACCUGCAGAGUCGCUCACCUGGACCUCAAGCCUGAAAACCUGUUGGUGGACCUCCAUGUGCCGUUGCCCUGUGUGAAGCUGACAGAUCUGGGUGAUGCUAUACAGGUCUCCAGUCACCGUUACGUGCAUCUCCUCCUGGGGAACCCUGAGUUUGCCGCCCCCGAGCUCAUCCAGGGUGCCCCGGUCUCGCUGUCCACGGAUGUUUGGAGCGUAGGGGUGCUGGCCUACGUCAUGCUCAGCGGUGUGUCCCCGUUUCUGGACGAGAGUCUGGAGGAGACCUGCGUCAACAUCUGCAGGCUGGACUUCUGCUUUCCGGAGGAGUACUUCUGUGGGGUCAGCCAGGCCGCCAAAGACUUCAUCGUGUCCACGCUGAACCAGGACCCCAGGAAAAGGCCGAGCUCGGCCACGUGCCUGCAGCACCCCUGGGUCAGCGCUCACAGUGGGGAUUACUCCAAAACACCACUGGACACCGUCAGACUGGCUGCGUUUAUAGACAGACGCAAACAGCUGCAUGACGUCAGACCUGUGACGAAUGUUAAAGGACUCGUAAGCAGCUCCAUGGGUAACACCUUAUGAGAACGAACGUGGGAUGAAGGAGAGGAUUACAGCAAAUUCGAGCAGUGCUUUAAAGACAAACUGUUUCUAACAGAAGGGAAGUCUGAACUGGAAGUUGUUAUUUAUUGAGGUAAAUAAUAUAUGGAAUGGGAGAUUGAGAAACUACUGUACAUGUACACUGUAAUUGUGGGAGUUACAUAGCUAGAAAUAGUGACAACAAUCAAUCUUAUAGUUUAAAUUUAGGAUGAUGUGUUGAAGAACCCGUCGCUCUGUGAUAUACCAGAUUCAGAUGUGUUGUCAGUCACUAAGGAAUUCUGUGAUAUUUUACUCACUACUGAACUUAUCUUACAUCAUUUUCCCUGUAGAACACAAAAAGAGAUAUUUUGAAAAUGGUGAACGGGCAUGCACCAAAUGAAGACAGAAUUUUUAUUUUGGGGUACACUUAUCUUAAAUAAACUGGGGUCAGUAAACGGUUCAGGUAGAAGUUGUGUUUUAUGAGACAUCUUUACAUGCAGCAGAUCUAUUUUCGCAAAUUCAUGGAGAUAAAUGACAGUGUAAAAUAUACAUGUACAAACAUACCCGCAUGUUGAAAAACCCUAAACAUUCCCAUGAUGAUAUUUCAGCUUUCAGGUGUCAUGAAUAUCUGGAAUGUCUUCGAAAAGAAAGUUUGAACUAUACCAUGAAUGUUUUGACUGUAUGUUUCUUUUCAUUUGUCUGCCAAUUCUUUUCUGUUUAAGUCAUUAAACUGCACUUAUUUAUACCAAAUCCCACUCAAUGUCCAGGAAGAAACCCCAAAGCCUUAAAUUCCCUUUUUGAUGUAUUAUUAUUUGUAACGCAUUUAUGUAUUGUAGGAAUGUCCAGGCAUUUCAUGUGCAUUAAAUCAGAGGUUUACAUCUGACUGUUUGACAGUAUAGUUCUGCAUUGUUGUACAGUAUAUGUGCAGUCAGAAGUGUUAAAUGUCAAGCUGAAUGUUUUGCAGAAGUCGUCUGUCAGCUUUAACAUCAUCACAUUCAUCAAAACUUUUAGAUGACAAUGAGACCAAAUCAGUAAAUAUAUGCUUUAAUUGGUGUUACUGUAAAAAACUACCGUCUGUAAUACGACAAAACAUCUCAGUGAAAGGUUACACAGCAGUGUAGAAUAAAGACAUGCAGCAUGACACUCGG